UGCGCCGUGGGUAAUGGAAAGCCCAACGGCGACAGAACGCAGACCGCGGCGGCUGAGCCGGUACAGAGAAUUGGUGGAAGACAAAUACGGUUUGCUUUCUCCCUACCGCCGAAAGUUCGUGUUUGAGGACAAGGAAACAUUUGAUUAUAAGGGUUGGUACGAUUCCGACGAGGAAGACGACGUCGAUCUCCAAAUCACCGACGUUCAUGGCACCAUCAAGAGAUUCCUCCAACAAGUCCGCGACAGCGGGGGUUACGAUUUGGAUUGUUGCCCGCCUAGUUGGUUCCACGUUCCUUUCCGGCCAAUAGAUCUGGCGGCUGCAAAGCAGAAUGAUGAGGCAUUUUAUAAAGAAGUGAUCAAAGCAGCACAUUUCGCAAUCCGCGAAAUCAAUGCUGAGAUGACGGACAAAUGUUACGAGUUUGUGGAAGUGGAAAGAGUGGUGUUGACGUCGACAUGGACGAAGCUUCUGACUUUUAGUGCGAAGGAAGAAGUUAUGAGGAAUGCAUGUGCUGAUUUUGAAUCAGAUUCAGAGGUCGAAGGUGAUGCAUCCAUCAAGACUAUUCAGGCAAUGGUGCAUGAAUGUUUUGAUGACUCUUUAGAACUUGAACAGUGGAGGUUUAAACCACUUCCUGUUAAUUCUAUGGAGGUUUCAGUUCUUUGUCCUACUUCUAAUUAGUUUCCUUUGACAUUCUUCAACCUUGAAGGGCUGAUGAAUAAGGAGUAGUAAAAUGUUACGUACAGAGAAACCGAUCUGCCUUCGUCUCUCCAAGACCCCAAUUUUGUCUAAUUGUUGGGGCUAGGAUUGUGACUCUAGCGUACAUAAUGUUAGCCACCUUUUUUACUAUGAUCAGUUGAAUUCUGUUCUUUGAA